UAGUGUGCCAUUUUUGUCCCCCUCAUGUAUUAAAUAAUGAAAAAAACCUUUCGUGAUAACCAUAUAUAUAGCAAAGUCUUUAAGAAUAUUUGUUACAAAUAUGAUAGUCUGAAUUAGUUCGACGGAGGGACAAGUCACAAUGAGAAGUGGUUUUUAGUUUGUGUUUAUUCCUUGUCAUCAUUAUUGGUUAAUAAACUAUUAGCUUUGUGAGCGAUCAUUGCAUCAUUGUAAUGACUUCAUCUGUGAGUAACUCACAUACUGUGCAGUAUAAAGAGGAUUGCUGGAGAAGGAUUUUGUAAUAUGGAUUAUAUCCCAAGAGAGGCUCCUGUAUAUGGGGGCUGUAUGCUGGAGGUGAGCAUAUGUUAUGAAAACAUCCUUGCAGUUAAUGAAGAGGAUGAAAUGUUUUUAGCACUGGAGGGAAGUACUCAGCGGCACCUUGUCACAAUGCACUACAAUGGUGGUAGAAUAUGGCAAGCACCCAUUCCAGCUCACUCCCAUGCUGAAACAGUGGCACUGCUAGUACUUCGCCGUGUAUCCUUCAAUGAGUAUGAACAACUGAGUGGAGGAGAAUUUAACUAUAUAUAUGACUCUGCAUACUUCCUUGCAGAGUUCCUUGUUAAUUGUGUAAACAAUCCUCAUGCUUUGGAUAACCUUGAACUUAUUAAAUCUGACCAGUUUGAUCUGGCUAAUGAAGUUUUAUCAACAUUGGAUGAAAGACUAAAGGCUGCUCUAGAACAUGCAACAUACCCUGAAGGCUGGGAUCUUCUUGGUAAUGAUCAGUCAGCCGGAUGUCGAGAAACAUUGCUGCAUCUUGUAGGAAGGCUUGGUCUGCACCGGACAGCCUUGUUCCUGCUGACUAAACCAGGCAGCCAAGAAGCUCUGCAUGUGAUCAAUCAUGAAGGUCAACAGCCCUGUGGUGUUGCUGCUGACAGUGGCUUCUAUGACAUCGCAGAAUUGUUUGCUGGGUACAAUACUAGUGGUAUGAAAGUGGAAAAUACAGCAAAAGCUUUAAGUACAGAGUAUGGUCUUCUUCAUAGCUGUGGUAGUAACAGCACAUCGUUGACCGUGUCCCUUGACUCAGACCAAACCAGGACAUUGGAGGAAAGUCUUGAAAUGCUACGAAAAAUGGAAGCAGCUUUAAAGUGUGGUGAUAGAGGUUUCAGUCGACCUUAUCAGACAGAAUGGCCAUCUUCAUUUGGACAAAAGACCCAACAGCAACAGAGAUUUCAGUCUUACUUUCAGGAACCAGAAAUCGGAAAUCAACAUGAAGUUGAAGAAGCAUUGGAGAGGAUUCUGCAAUUGCAGAAACAACAUAUGAACCAGAUUGCUUACUCUGAUAACAUUCUUCCUGACCCUAGUGCUGAACACAGCCCUGACCACUAUUCUUAUGAUGUUUAUCCAUCCUCUGUGGGAAGUUCUAGUUCCCAGAGCAAUUUUGAGCAAUGUCUUAUGCAUGAAGAAACUUUAAGCAUAUGCCAUAGCAUGAAUGAAGACCUGUUAUGGCAUAGAGGGAGCAAACAACAUAGGAAAAUUAUGGAAGCUCAGAAAUCUCGCAAGCUACAUCUUGCGCGCUUCAGCAGUUCAUGUCCAGCUCUUGAUGUUCAUCACCAUCCUUGUCCUUUGUCACCAAUUCAAGAAUGGGAUCAACACAGAUCCAUGCAGGACUUAGCUGAGGAUGAAAAGAACAUAUGCGUUGCUGAGGGUUUGUUGGUGGUACAUGGUGAAGACUGCCAUGACCAAGGCUGGGUGGGAGAAACACCAGAUGGUGGUGUGCGCAUCUGUGUGAAUGGAAUAACAGUGGACAGCUCAUCAGAUUUUCCUGAGUCACUAGAUGAUUCCAAUUCUGUAAUCACAAAGAUUGCUAUUGGUGGUGUGAGCCAGAAUAUGGGGAUGAAAGAAGAUGAAUCCAACAGGCGUCGCAGCUGGUGUCCAGAGAGCUUGUUGGUUUUAGGUGCAGAUGUUUAUGGACCUUCUGAUAAUACUUCCAUCAGUCUGGGAAGAACUAUAGGAAUGGCAGGCAAAAGCCUCAGUCUGAGUGGCUUGGACCGGGAAGAUGUUUCUGAGGGAGAGGAUACUGUUGAUGCAGCAAAUACGUCAUCUUCGCCACCGGCCACACCACUACAAAAGUGGCAACAUCAAUCUGACACGUUAUUUAGCUCUUUGGACGAAGAUAUCCUUCCUUCCAUGUCUGCAGAUUCCAGAGCUUCUGACAAUUACACUCCUUUUCAGGCAGUUAGAGAAGAUGCAAUUACAAGAGAAAAGUCGCUGGAACAGGAGAUUACAGGUACAGUUGUGGAAACUCUUGCUACAGGCAACACUGGUUUGGAUAAUUCCAAGGUGAUUUAUAUGGAGAAGAAACGCUCUGUCACAGACACACAUGGAAUCAGAUCCUAUGAGGAAGGCCAUAGUUCUUUGGAUAUAGGGUUAUCACCCAUUACUAAGUCUCUUUCCACUCCAUCGAUCCCAUUAGCCACCACCUUGUUGGCAGGUUCAGAAGGUGCUGACAAACCCAUUUUAAGGGAUGGAUGCCGUGAAGGAAAACUACCAGCUGCUGCAUCCCGUCUUGUUGAAAAACAUAUAGAGGAUGAUGAUGCUCAAUUUUGCCGUCAGGAAGAAAUAGAAGAGGAAGAACAUUCAUCACGGGAUACUAAAGAAAUUUCAUGGAAGGAAUUUUUAAAUGAAGAGCAGAGUACUGCAGAGACUGAUGAAAAGCUGAGACAGCCAGAAAAGAAGCGAAAAAGCAAUGUCUUAUCCAGAUUCUCAAACAGUUAUCUCACAAAGAAGAAUAAAGAAAAAGAGAGCAAGAUAAAGCAGCUACAUCAGUUUGUUGCGGUGUCUUUCAGCAAUGCAGCUGUUUGUGACAUGUGCCAUAAACCUAUGACCAACAAGCCUGCUUUGCGAUGCGAAAAUUGUCUGAUCAAUGUACAUGAACAUGGCUGUAAAGACCAGGCGGCGUCUUGUGACAAGUAUGCUGCUAUAAAGGUCAUGCAGAGAGAAGACUUAACUGCCCCGUUACAGAGGCAUCUUACACAACAAGCAUCUGAUUUAAGACACACUCACUCCUUCAAGCAUAAGGAUAAUCGCUCAACGUUGAUGUCUAGCAAGGGCCAGAAUUCAGUCAGUGGAGUACAAGGGUUGCAUAGGCAUAGCUUGCCUACUUCAAGCAAAGCUAUCAAUGAAGAGUCCGAGACUGACGGUGGACUUCAUAUGCAGGAAGCAUCUUCAACAUCUAAUAUCACAGAGACAACCUCAGAAUCCUUGGAAUCACUUGAUACAGUUGGUGCUGAAGCCAGCUUUUUGGAUGAGGAGGCUGAUCUGAUGCUGAGUUUUGAGGAACCAGAGGCGUGGAGCAUCACAGUUGACAGAAAGAGACUGAAAAAGAUGAAUGCCAAAGACAUUAAGCGACAGGACACCAUUUGGGAACUGAUCCAGACAGAAAAACAGUAUGUGAAGAAACUCAAGAUCAUGCAGAGGCUUUUCCGUGACUCACUGAUGGCAGAGCAAAAUUUUCCCGGGGAGCAGAUCCAGCGAAUGUUUCCACGUUUGGAUGAUCUGUUGGAGCUCCACACUACUUUUCUACGAAAACUCCUGACCCUCCAGACCAUUAAUGCAGACCGCAGCAUUGAUGAUAUUGGCCCCACAUUGUUGGAACAGUUUAGCAAGACAACUGCUGAGAAGAUGAAAUCAGUGUAUGGGGUGUUCUGCAGCAAACACACAGAGGCUAUCCAAAUGUACAAAGAAAUUGCCAAGAAUGACAGAAAAUUCCAGAACUUUUGCAGGAAAAUGUCAAACCAGACAGUAUGUGAAAAACGUGAACUGCCUGACUUCAUUUUGGGUGUGACUGUUCGUCUUUCAAAAUAUCCAAUCCUGAUCGAGGCAAUUCUAAAAGGAACAAAGGACAAGAAGGAUCGAGAGCUGCUGAGUCAGGCUUUACAGUGCAGUAAGGAUGUGGUUCAUGGUGUGGACGAGAAGGUGGCAGCAUAUGAAAAACUGAUGGAGAUCUAUAAAGCACUUGAUUCACGCACUACUGUAUACAGAGGCAAAAAGUUUAAGCGUCAAGACCUGUUCAGUGAAACGCGGCAGCUAGUGCAUGCUGGGACUAUUGGGUGGAAGAGUGCACGAGGACGUGUCUUGGAAGUUUAUGCUGUGGUCUUGAGUGACCUCAUCCUCUUUUUGCAAAAGAAUGAGCAGAAAUACACAUUUUUCCUACAGGACAAUAAGAGUUGUCUGGUUCCACUCAACAAACUUCUCUUGCGUGAGAAGGGAGAUGCACGAGACAGCCAUGGUAUAUACCUGAUCAGUCAGGAUCACAACCAGCCAGAGAUGUAUGAGCUUGUUUGUAAUAGUAAGGAGCAACGUGACCAGUGGAUGACUGUGCUGCGUAGGGCUAUCAAUGAAUGCCCUAAAGAAGAAGUCAUUCAACGGGUUCAACAGAUCACAGAGGAAGAGCAAAGGAGACAUGCAGAGAAAUCUAAAAAAAUGAAAGAGAUCAUAGCUCAACUUCACCAGAAAGACGAUGUUAUCAAAAAGUACUGUGAUGAAAAAAACCAGCUGAUACGUGAACUCAUGGAAAUGUCGGUGUCAGAGGAGGACAGCUUAGCACAUGAUCAAGAUCAGGUGGAGAUGCGGGAAGCUGUCAACAGCAGGUCUGUGGAAAUGGUACGAGCUGCUAUGCGGGAAGUCUCUAAUCUCACCACCAUACUACAAGGUUCUGGCAUAGCUCUGAGUCGCAGUGCCAGCAGUGUUGGUGAGCAUGUCAGCACCUCAUUUGUCAACAUGCCUGUUCCCAAACGAGCUGAAACAUUUGCUGGUUUUGAUGCUGCCCAUGAGUCAGGUGGUGUGAACAAGAAGCGCUUUACACAGAUAGGUGAUUAUGAAGGUUACCCUACAAGCACCCAGUCUUUAGAGUCUAUGGACACCAUUUCUGAGGACAAGAAGCUGCCCAUCUCAGUGACCAUGGACUCGGUGCACUCAUCACUGUCUCCAGCUGCUCACUUCUCGAGCUCACCACAAGGAUGGGAAGGUCAGCCACAUUCUGAGUGGACUUCUCAUUUACCUGAUCGGAAUAGCUACCAUGGUUCCAUAGGUGAGCUAUCUGCUUCUUCCAUGUCCUCUCUGGUUCAGCCACUAUCUUCAGAACAGAUGAUGUCUGUAGUCCAGUUGGAGCACUACCUUAAUAACCUCAUGAACCUGACAGUUAAACAGUGCACCACAGUGGAAUGUCUGCGUGCAGAACUGGUAGAAGCAAAGGAAGAGAUCAGAAAGCUGUCUGCAGACAUGCGUGGACGACGUCAAACAGGAUAUGGGUAUGAUCAGCUUGAAGAACUUCGAAACUUACAGGAAAAAUUUUCACGAGAGCGUCAGGAGUGGGAAGCUACCAAAGCAAGGGAGCGCACUGCCCUGCAGCGUGAGAAGGAGAACCUGGAAGCCGAACGGUGUUUUCUGCAAAAAAAAGAAGUUGAGAUUAAGAGAAGGAAGGAAGAACUUAGUCGACAACAUGAUUUGCUCAAGCGUCACAUUGACAUGCUGAAAGAACAGGGUUUGCUAGAAGCCUCAGUCUUCAAUGAGCAGCCGCAUCACAUGGUGGAUCUGGACACUCAUAAGCUUCCUUCUCAUCACCAUGUGUCCGAUCCUGGCAUUCCCCAUCAGUCCAUAGGCCACCGACGCUCAGCAUCUGCUGACUUUUCUUCUAUGACAUCUGGAUUUGUUGAAAGAGAUUCUUCAUCAAAACUGACCUCCACCAACAGCAACUCUUCUCAUGAUGUGUGUGGUCUUGCCCAUCCUUACCGAAUGUUCAGCAAGCCUCAAACCUCUAGGGGUGGCAAGGCAGUGCCUGUGCAUCUGCUGAGCACCUUCAAUGAGCACAAAGUUGGAGGGGCCAAUGUGCAGCAGCUGCCUUUGAAGCUGUCCUCCUCACUGGCGACGGGUAACAACAGGCAACGACACCCUCCACCUCAACAUUCGCAGAGCCUACCCCCACGAAUAACAGCUGCAAGUGUGGCAGGGCCACGAGGUGGUAGCAAAAGCCCUUCUGAAAGAAUUCCAUCUCCCGCUCAGGCACAAGGUAUGAUUCUGCGCAACCAGAAAUCUCGCAGCACACCCUCCAACCUUUCCUCCAUCAUAAAACUGGCCGAACCUGCAAACAGGAUGUCCCCUGAACGGGUGAGCCACAAGUCCAGCAGCACUGACCCUGCCCCCGGUGGCCCAAGGACAGCACCAGAGGGGACCAGAGAGCAUGGUGUGGGCUCACCUGUAUUUUACUUUUAAUGAUGAUGAAGGAGUGAAUUGUUUCCUACAGAAUUCACCAAGGAUUCACCAUUCAUUAGGAUAUACUCCUGGUGUAUCUCACAAAGCAUGCAGCUGAUGGUUUUUCUGUAUUCAGCUGUAUUCAGGACACUUCAUGUUUAUUGAGAUGUUAGCAUCACUGUGUAUUUAUUACUUAUUGAUGGCACAGCCAGCUGCAACAUAUCAUUGUAGAUCAGUGAGUUGAUGUUGUUACUCAGUUGUUGACACAGUUUUGCUCUUUUACCACAGAAAUACCCAGGAUGUUUCAGGGAAGUAAUUCAUUUACCAUUUCAUUUAUUCACUUUUUCUCUACACCAAACUUUUUUUUCAAUCCAUUGAUGUUUAAGGACAUGCACUUUUGCCUUGGGAUUUGUUAUCAAAGAAGAGCGGCAAUAAAGCACUGCUGUCUUGCAAAGGACACCACACACAGUGAAGGUUAAUAUGCUGGUGCUGAUGUCUAAAGUGAAAUAUUACAUUAUAAAACAUGCUCCUUUUCGGUUGAGGAGUGUACUGCCAGGUGUAUGUUUUGGAUGAUACAUUUGUACUACAGAUCGUACAUUCAGAUAUUUCUGCACUAUAACAGCAUCAGUGUGUCCACAUAUAAACAUUUGUUAGUAUCUGAACAUAAGCAGCACAGUGACCACAGUUUUCCUGUAAUAUUUGUGUUUGAUUUUUCUCUGAGACAGUGUUGGUGAUAACAUUCAGUGUUUUAUAACACUUGCAGAACCAUUAUAACAUCCUUUCACACACACACACAUAUAUAUUGAUAUAUAAACCUUAUCAGCUGUGUGUUUGUGUGGGGAGAGAUGGAUGUACAGAUUUGUGUAAGUACAGUUCAUUGUUUAUGCACAGAGGAAGGAGAUAAACAACAAAUGAUGCAGUUUUAAGCUGCUUUUUUAUUUUAAGAUGAUAAUUCUCCAGCCAGGUGAUGAGUUUUUUUUUUUAAAAAGAAAAGAAACAUUUGAAGAGCUUUUUCGAAUUGUCCUGAACUUCCUUUUAACAUUAAUUCAUUCCUCAUUUUAAGUCAUUAAACCCUAUCAAGUAUGUCCUUUGACAUUCCUUGUUACUUUAAUAAAAUAGUGAAACAUUAAAACCUUGUAUUUGAUGGACUUGCUUUCUGUUACCAUUUUGAUGUUCAGCAAUAGCUCUGAAAUUUGUGUUUGAGAACCAGUUACUGAAACUAGUCACAUCUGAACAAAGAAAAAAUAAGUAUACUCAUACAUUUGUACUUGACAAAUUUUUGUGGGUAUAACAGGAAGGAGUCAAGUAUUUCUCUUGUUCAUUUAGUCUUAUUGUUUUUCUCCUGCAGGUCGUUUGGAGACAUUUCAUGAGGUUUCUUGCUGUGAUUUUAGUGGCUGGUGAUGUCUAGUAUUUGUUAGACAUUGUCACUUGUUUAUUUGGUGUGUGUGUGGAGAGGGGUGAGAUUUUGGCGACUGUGCAGAUAGGAUUUUAUGUUUUAUUGUUGUUAAAGAAUUGUUGUGCCAUUGCAUUUUGCUGUCAGGGUCUUGAAUAACUCUGUGCUGUUUGUCAGGGUUAGCAAGCAGAUACUUAAGUAUUUGCUGUAUACAGUGUGUAGACACGACACUAUUCUUUGCCAGCUCAUUUACUCUUUUUGAGUUUACAUUUACAGGAUCAUUUUGCUGAACUGAUUUAACUAGGUUAAGUUUAAGUAUCACCACAGUAGCAGAUUUAGAACUGCCCCUUUUCAGCAAAGAGAGUUAGUGAGGAUAGCUGCUUGAGGAGAUGUCUUUCUUUCCAGUUAUAGCUGCUUCAGCAGACGCGAUGAUAUGUCUAACCCUAUGCAUUUAGAAGUAUGAGAAAUUAGUUUGUAGCAUUGAAAAAACCCACAACCUUUUCAUAUACAGAACUACUUUAUAAUUGUGAACUGUUUCCUGCAAUUUAUGCAGCAACAAAGAGAUGACAAUGAGAUAAGAAUUAAUGUAUAUAAUUUGAUGAUUAGCAGCACAUGUGUUGUUACUAUUAUUUUGUGUGCUGACAUUGGUAAAUUGAUAGAGAAUUGUGGGCAUAAACCUGGUUCUUUCCUGAAGCUGCACAAAAGAGACCCAUAAUGCCAGGCAGAUUGGUCCAAUAUGUUUUUUGCAUUUUGUGUGACACAAACGUUGGUCACCGCCUUUCUGAAAAGAAACUUGUCAGAGAUUUUCUCUUAUUAAGAUUAGCAAAUUGUAAUCAAUCUAUAUCUUGUUGGCCUGCCGACAUGUUCAAAGGAUAAAUUUCAGCCUGUAGAUAGUUUUGAACAUUUUUUGUGUGAAUACAUCCUGUAGAUGAUGUUCACAUGUAUUUCUGAGACAUUUAUAGAUUGUGUUCAGUCAUAUUUCAGAGACACCUUGUACACUUUGUUUAAACUGUGUAAAUUGUUAUUUAUUAGUAAGACUGUAUAACUUGUAUCUCAUAUUUGGAGGUCAGCCGGUUACAACCACACAUAUACCAACCUUUUACAGUGUGUCCUGUUUGCUGUUUAGUCUUGUUUAUAUUUAGCAUAUGCCAAUGUUUAAUGAUAGAAAGCCUUGAACUCCUAGCUUCAUUUAACAUGAAGAUAAUCCAGUUAAAUGCACUGCCCAUCUGUACAAGUGUACAAAUCUGAAAAUACAAAGUAUAUUGCAUGCUAUUUCCAAGGGUAUGGUUACUGAAACUUGCAUUUAGGAAUGUCCACAUAGUGUUAAAGAAAUCCUUUUUGAUUAAACUGCUAUGAUAAAUAGUAACUGUAUGAAAGCUAUGCCUCCAGCCCAUUACAAAAGAUUUAUUUCUUAAGGAGCUGUGUAACCUUCAUAAAAUCAUUAGCUGAGCUGCAGUAUUUCAAGGUAUAAAAGUUUGCAAUACAAAAUUUUUUAAAGUAAGCAAUUAAAAUGGUAACUGCUGUGCCAGCACACUGCAAGUGUGUUACUAUGACGGCUUCAAUAUCUUAAUGUUUGUUUGGCAUCAGAAUUGAUUAUAAUAUGGAUUGUCAGCAUGUUCUUAAAAGAACCAAGUGCCAAGUAAAUUAUUUAGAGAGACUUGAUAUAGAUGGGCUGUUUGUAUGGCUUGUUUAAACAUUGUAUUGUUUGUUUAAACUAUGACAUUGUUUACAAGGAUGUACUUUAAGCUGUUUCUUCCUCUGAUUUGGCAUUGCUGCUCUAUAUUAUGUGGCUUUGAAGUUGGUCUCUUUACUCCAUUGACCAUUAAUGGGACUUGCUAGAAGCUGUCUUACCUUCUUACCUCAACAUAAAAGAAAGUGAAGUUUUCUUAAGGAUGAAAUUGAACAUUGUAGUCAGAUAAAGAAUGACUUUUAAAGUACUCUCUUGCCAGACUUUGUGCAUUAUUGCAUUUCAGAGAGCAACAACGCUGUGUUUGUAGAGAGAUUUUAUAAGAGUGACCGAGUUAGCACAGUCACAAUAACUGACACUACUUUUGCUCGCAAUCUGGUGCAGAGUAAUCACAGUGGUAGUCCGCUCUCAUAUGACUGUCAGUGAGGGUGCAUUACUGAGAGAGACUGGACAGUGCAAAAUGAUGACCAGCUUGCUGUGCUCUUUCUGCACACCUCAAGAAUAUUCAUUGUUACACAUUCUUAUAGUUUUGGAGACUAUGGUGGCAAUUUAACUGGUUUUUUUCUCAUCUUUUUUACUAUAUUCAUUUCACAUCCAUUUUAUUUGAUUUGUGUUUUUGUACCAUCGUAAAGGGCUGUAAUUACUUAUUUUAAGAAGUGUUUUUUAAAAUUUAGAAUUAGAUUACCUUGCCUACUGACAGCUUUUUGUCAUGAUCUCUUUCAUUAUUUCUUAUGAUUAGCAUUUCACUGUAAGUACCCUAGAUGGUGCUUUAGAUGGUUCAUUCUUGAUUGUGCAUGGUCCACUUAGUGGAGAAUUCCAUGGCUUUACUCUCAGCAUGCUGUAGUAUUGUAUAGAAAUCAAUUUGCUGACAAAGUGAGUGGCUACUGUAACCUGAUUACAGCAGUUACAGGCUGCAGCAUGUUUGAUUGCAAUAAGUGAGAUGAAGAAGAAGCAAGUAAAGUAAAUGAUAAUGGUGUUCUUAGAACUGAUAGACUAGUACUUUAAUGUGUAUUAGAAAUCUAUGCAGUCUUUUUAUAGAUAAAAGUAAGUGGGGUGUGGCUCUAAGUUAAAUAGCUUUCAGGUUACUCGUGAUUUUGUGUAGCCUUAUCUUUAAACAAAUGAAGUCUCUGCUGAAAAUGUUUUUGUGACCAAACUUCCCUUCCUCAUCACAAGCCGUCCUUGCUCUAUCACAGCCCUACGUGUCUUAGCAUCCUGCUUGUGCCUUUGAGUAAAGUGCAAGGUGUCACAGGUGGUUCUAGAUUGUGUCUACUUCCCCCAUCCCCUGUGAUCUUAGUCCUAAGCCAGAGCACUGGAUCCUGUUAAUCUCAAAUCAAAAGUGUUUACUAUAACUAUGUUUGGUGAAGCUUUCUGCUUUUGCAUUGACUGUUAUACAUAGCUGAGGUACCGUAAAGCACAGGGCUGUUGAAAGUAGUAGAUCUUUAUUGGUAUUAGGCAAACUGAGGUUUGUGCCAAGGGUUAAAUUAACUCUUUGCUAUAAUUUUUUUCAUAGUCCAUUCACUUUUUGUUUUUAUUUAGCUAAUUAUUUAUCAGAAAACAUUUAGGGAAGAUAGAUUCUAGCUCUUGUGGCACUGAAGCAGAUAAAAGUAAUGACAGCACUCCAUACUUUCAAUUUGUUGUGUGUUGUUUCAUGGUGUAACAAGAUUAUCUCUGGCACUUUGCUUAUAAGGUACAGUUAUUGAGUUGGCAGUAUCUGCAUUGAAUGGUGGCCAACAAUUACUGUUGGCUUGACAAAAGUGCCUAGUUCACAUACUGUUGAAAAACAGAUAUAGUUAGACAGUUUUCUUUCUGGUAAAAUAAUGGUGGGAAGAAGAAGGCAUUUUGAAAAAAAAAACUGAUUCAGUUCUCAAGAUAAUACUUCAAGAAUUUUUUUCCUUGAUGGUAAAAGGGUUAAGAUCCAAGACAUAUAUAUAUAUUAGCAUAGGUUUCAUAUGGCAUAAGAACUCUUUCACUAUGCAUACUAAUAUCUGCACUUGCCUUAAUCUAGCAUGAAUAUGCCUUCACAUAUCUGUGUCUAAAUCUUGUUACCUGUUCCUUGUUCAAUGUUUUCCCUUCGAUGUAGCUCAUGUAUCCUACAUACACUAUUGAUAAAACAGAAUUAUACUAUUUAGUGUUCUUUUCUGUCACUGGCACAAUUCAGAUGGCUAUGUGCUUUAUAUAUUUUCAUGUUCAUUAGAAUGUUAGAUUCCUAGAAAACUAGGAGGCAGCAAGAAAAAAGGUGUGCCAUCAUCUUUGUCCACUAGUUGAUUUUCAUAUGUAGUGAUGCAGUGAGCCAAGUUUAGCUAAGAAAUAAGUGAUGCAAAAUGACAUUGACAACUUGCGUAGUGAAACAGUUGUUUGUGGAUGUACAUGGGAAAUCUUCUUUUCUGUGUAAAGGGUUCAUGGAGCAUCAUCUAACGCCACAAUAAGAUGCAACAUUGUCAGCACACAGCAAUUAAACAUUAUUACAGUUAAUCAGCGACUACUACAUAAUACAGUCAUCGCUUGGUAUGUGCAGGGAAUUGGUCCCAAGACCUGCACAUUACACAAUCUGGGGAUGUAGAAGUCCCAUACAUAAAACAGCAAAGUAUUUGCAUACAACUUCCACUUACACAUAUCCUCCAGCAUACUUUAAAUUACAAUACCUAAUACAAAGUAAAUGAAUGCUAUGUAAAUACUUGUUGCACUGUUUUGUUGUGGGAAUAAUGACAAGUCUUUAUAUGUUCAGGUGCAGCCAUAACAGAACAUGCACAUUUAGCUGACACAAGCUCAAAAUGCACUCACAGCAGAUGACACUAUUCUCUUAUGCAACAAUUUAUCUAACCCAAAUCAAACUGAUGACAAUGCUUGUCUGUAGGCGGUCGCUGCUCAGUCUUGCAUCCCAGGUACACUUUGCACUUAUGUUGAACUGGGAAACUGAGUCAGUGACCCAGCCUUUGACAAAUUCAGUCAGCACAGUGCUCGGUGUGUGGCUCAGUUUUGUUUUUUUAGAACUUUCCGAAAUUUGUUUCAAUAUUUUUGCAGUUCUCAAGUUAUUACUUAAACUAGUCAAAUCAAUAUUUAAGAGAAAGUCUGUUAAAAAAAAAAAGGAGGAGAGGGUUUGCAUUAAUAGAGUGAUGUACUGACAGAAUAAUUCAUUGGGACUUUAUGAUUUGUUCUUGCACUUCAUCAGCAUUGUGUGGUGUUAUUGUACAAUGAAGGUCUACUGAAAUUGGUGAUCUAUUUGUUUAUUACAUUGCCAGAGAUAGUUAAAACUACAGCAGCUGUUAUAAACAUGGACUUAAAAGACUGGAAUCAGCUUGUAAAACAAUGUUGUAGUCAACUGUCUUAAAGGACGGAUAGAAGAUUUUACUGUGAUGACUCAAAUUUGUGGCUGUUUUGGUGUCCUUUUCUGUAGAAUUUUGAUUUAAGGGUAUAUAUUUUCAUUGGAAUCAAUGUGGGUAUGUGUAUGUAUGAGCAUCUAUGAAUGUAACUAUUGAAACAUUAGGUACAAUACAUCCUACAGACUAUACAGUGAGUGCAUUUUAAAAUGUGUUGAAAUAGACUUGAUGGAUUUCUUUAAUUACUGGGAUAACAAUGAGCUGAAAAAUUGUUAAACCAAGUACUGUUACAGUCAUAUCUGUGGCAAGACACUAGACAGUUCUGUAGUUGUUACUAAAACAUUCUGUGGGCUUAAGCAUGCUUGUCUUGCUCUCAAGCAGUAGCCACAAGACUUAAAGCAGCUGAUGACUGAUGAGAGGAAGAUUAGGAAUAUCCUGUCCUCAACAUUCCAUAGUUGAAUUUUAUACACCAACAAGGACUAGAAACUUUUCUGGGAACAAAAUGCAGGCGCUAGGCAAAUAUUUGUAGUGAUCAUUCCUGCUGUGUGUUCAAGAUACAAAUGUGAGUUCAGCUGAUUUUUAAACUAUUUUUAAAAUUACUUUGUCCUGCACUAGUGUUGGUACAGCAUUGAUCUUUCACAUAGCUCUGUCUGGCCAUAGGCUUGCAAUAGUUAUACAGCACAAUGUAUACUGUUCCACUUUUAGAGAAAACAAAUGUAUUAUGCCUUCUUAUCUAGGGUACUUGGUGGCCAGAUCUUAGCCAUAGGUUUUAAGAUGGUCUUUAUGAUUAAUGAUCAAAAGUUAUCUUUACACCAUUUGCAAUAAAUCAAUAUGGUCAAUGUUG